UGCGACUUUCCAUCUCUGCCAAAACCAUCACAUCAAUCAAGGCCGCUUUCCUGCCUAGCAGCUGUUCAAAAUGCCGGGAAACGACGCCUUCCGAGCGCUGAGAUGGCUUACGCGGAGCUCGAAUGGUUUUUUCUCACGGUCGGAGACGGUGACGGUGCGGAAACCCUGUCGAAGAAAGAUUGAAUGAGAGACGGGCUCUCUUCCAAGAACAUGACUAACGAUGAGUAGAAAUGCUUUUCAGCACCUCAGUCGAGGUCAAUGGCAACGGAAUCCGCUGGAUCAACCGAAUAUCUCACCAAGACGGCUCCUCUGGCAGACUCUGCCGUCGCUGAUAGCCUAGCGUCACGUUGGGACCCAUCUCCAGUCAAAGCAACCACCUACUCCUUCCCGUCUAUGGAACCCCUUCGUUUCGUCGAAUACCCACGGAACCAUCUGCUCAUGCCGCUACGGAAGGAUAUCUUACACCGAGCCGUCGUGUAUGAGGGUGACAAGACCCGACAAGGCUCUGCCAGCACCAAGUGGAGGGACGAUGUACACGGAAGCGGGCGCAAGCUGCACCAGCAAAAAGGAACAGGAAAAGCACGUGUGGGUGACAGGAAGUCGCCGAUCCGCAAGGGUGGUGGUGUAGCACACGGUCCGCACCCGCGCGACUUCUCCUCGGGCCUGCCUAGGAAGAUCUACGAUCAGGCAUGGCGGAUAGCGCUGAGCUAUCGCUACAAGCGUGGCCAGCUGAUCAUCAUUGACGACGAGAUCGCGAUGCCGGGUGAUGCCACGCCGCACCUGCUCAGGGAGAUCUUCAAAAUCAACCGCUGGGGGCGUGAGUUUGGGCGGUCGACCCUGAUCACCGACCGCCGGGACGACGACCUGUUCGCUGCCGUGGAGGAGGUGGGUGAGCACGCACGCAUUCUGGACCGGGACGACGUCGAUGUCAAGGAUCUGCUGGAAACAGGACGGUUGAUCGUGGAGAAGCAGGCGUUGGAUCGGAUUCUGGCGCACCACUCCAAGGACUUGAACAGCACGCCUGCGAAGGCUACCUACUAGUCUGGUAUACUGGCGAUAAUGGGCUAUCUUCUCCACAACCUAUGUCUUAUUAUUAUUCGAAGUUUUGUACAAAUAGAGACUGUUUCAAUAAUCGGAGUAACUCCUUGGAGGCCAUUAUUACAGCAAACACACCAAACAUAAGAAAACUAAAACCCACAGCCAUUUAGAAGCUUGAAAAAAAAUC